GCGGUCCAAACUAAGAAGAAGAUGAGGGAGAUCUUACACAUUCAAGGAGGACAAUGCGGCAACCAGAUUGGUGCCAAGUUCUGGGAAGUCGUGUGCGACGAGCACGGCAUCGACCCCACAGGAACGUACCAUGGAGACUCGGACCUUCAGCUGGAGCGGAUAAAUGUCUACUUCAAUGAAGCCAGUGGCGGAAGAUAUGUUCCACGGGGAGUGCUCAUGGACCUGGAGCCUGGCACUAUGGACAGUGUGCGCUCGGGACCUUACGGCCAAGUCUUCAGGCCCGACAACUUCGUCUUUGGACAAACUGGCGCUGGAAACAACUGGGCCAAGGGACACUACACCGAAGGAGCAGAACUUAUUGACUCGGUGCUCGACGUUGUGCGCAAAGAAGCGGAAAGCUGUGACUGCUUGCAAGGCUUCCAGGUUUGCCACUCAAUGGGAGGAGGCACUGGCUCCGGAAUGGGAACUUUACUCAUAUCCAAGAUCAGGGAGGAGUAUCCCGACAGGAUGAUGCUCACAUUUUCGGUGUUCCCGUCUCCUAAAGUCUCCGAUACGGUCGUCGAGCCAUACAACGCAACCUUGUCCGUCCACCAGCUGGUAGAGAACGCGGAUGAGUGUAUGGUGCUCGACAACGAGGCCCUCUAUGAUAUUUGCUUCAGAACUCUGAAGCUCACAACCCCCACCUUUGGUGAUCUCAACCAUUUGAUCUCCGCGACAAUGAGCGGCGUGACGUGCUGCCUCCGCUUCCCCGGCCAGCUCAACUCGGACCUCCGCAAGCUUGCAGUGAACCUCAUCCCGUUCCCGCGGCUCCACUUCUUCAUGGUUGGAUUUGCACCGCUCACGUCCAGAGGCUCGCAGCAGUACCGCGCGCUCUCGGUCCCGGAGCUGACACAGCAGAUGUGGGACGCCAAGAACAUGAUGUGUGCUGCGGACCCCCGGCACGGGCGCUACCUCACGGCCUCGGCGAUGUUCCGCGGCCGGAUGAGCACCAAGGAGGUGGACGAACAGAUGCUCAACGUCCAGAACAAGAACUCGUCCUACUUCGUGGAGUGGAUCCCAAACAACGUCAAGUCGAGUGUGUGCGACAUCCCCCCAAAGGGGCUCAAGAUGUCGUCCACCUUCAUCGGCAACUCGACGUCGAUCCAGGAGAUGUUCAAGCGGGUGACGGAGCAGUUCACGGCCAUGUUCCGGCGGAAGGCGUUUCUGCACUGGUACACGGGCGAGGGGAUGGACGAGAUGGAGUUCACGGAGGCGGAGAGCAACAUGAACGACUUGGUGUCGGAGUAUCAGCAGUACCAGGAUGCGUCCGCCGACGACGAGGGCGAGUUUGAAGAAGAGGCCUGAGAUAUCUUUUGGUUUUGUUUCAACAACGGGUUUAUGUUUAAAAUUUGUGAAUAUAUUUAAGAUUCGGGAA